AUUCAUUGAGAUGCCUCAACUGCUUUCAGCUCAUCUGUGCAGCACUAAUAAUUUCAAUGAGGAAAGUUGAUUUGACAUACAAGCUUAAUCACGGAACGAAUUAAAAUCAAGCAUCAUUGUAUGUGAAAUACUAAUUAUUAUAUAAUGCAACGUGGCAUAUCAUAUAGAGGUAUUGGUCAAUCGUAUUUUUCCUUGAUACGGUUCGAAUACUAUGCAGGUUCAGUGGACGUACAGGACGCGGAAGUGAGCGAGGAAGCGAACGAGGAGCGUCUGUAAGGGGGGGAUGUCAAAGCGAGUGCGAAGCAAAGAGGUCUGCGCCGACUGCAGCGCCCCGGAGCCUCGCUGGGCCUCCGUCAACCGGGGUGUGUUGAUCUGCGAUGAAUGCUGCAGCAUUCAUCGCGGUCUGGGACGACACAGCUCCCAAGUCCGGCAUUUGACCCACUCAGUGUGGCCCCCGUCCCAGUUUCAGAUGGUCCAGACACUUUACGGAAAUGGAGCUAAUUCCAUAUGGGAGCACAGCCUUCUGGACCCAUCUUCUUCCUCCUCCUCUUCCUCAGCUAGUGGCAAGCGUAAAGCAAAUCCUCAAGAUCGCGUUCAUCCCAAUAAAACAGAGUUCAUUAAGGCCAAAUACCAGAUGUUGGCAUUCGUCCAUCGCAUGCCUUGUCGGGAGGAUGACAGCGUGACCGCCAAAGAUCUCAGCAAGCAACUGCAUUCCAGCGUUCGAACGGGGAACCUGGAGACCUGCCUGAGACUUUUAUCACUGGGAGCGCAGGCCAACUUCUUCCAUCCGGAGAAAGGAAACACGCCACUGCACAUAGCAGCAAAAGCGGGACAAUUGUUACAAGCCGAGCUAUUGGCCGUGUAUGGAGCUGAUCCCGGCGCUCUUGACUCCAGUGGGAAGACCCCCAUUGACUACGCUAGACAAGCUGGGCAUCAGGAGCUAGCUGAGCGCCUCGUGGAGAUCCAAUACGAACUCACCGAUCGCUUAACAUUUUACCUUUGUGGACGAAGACCAGAUCACAGAUUUGGCCAACACUUCAUCAUCCCUCAAAUGGCAGACAGGAAUAACAGUCUAGAUUUGUCCGAAUUUGCAAAAGCCGCCAAGAAGAAGCUCCAGUCUCUAAGUAACCAUCAGUUUGAAGAGCUUGCUAUGGAUGUUUACGACGAAGUGGACAGGCGGGAAACGGACGCGGUGUGUUUGGCCACUCAGAACCACAGCACACUGGUAACAGACACCACGGUGGUCCCUUUCCUGCCAGUCAACCCCGAAUAUUCCUCCACCAGAAACCAAGGUCGUCAAAAGUUGGCGAGGUUUAGCGCCCAUGAAUUUGCCACCUUGGUCAUCGAUAUUCUGACAGAUGCCAAACGCCGGCAGUGGGGGAACUCCUGCGAAAGUCCGAAAGAGAGUGUGGAGCUGAUCCUGCAAGGAAUAAACAGUCGCCACAGCAGCGAGAGCCAAGACAACGACCAGCCCGACUACGACAGCGUGGCCUCGGAUGAAGAUCCCGUCCAAGAGGCGACCCGCAGGGACAACGGCACCGACGGAAGAACCAAGGUUUGCCGAAGCACCUACUUCUUCCGCACACACAAUGAUCAAUUGAAUUUCGUUGACAUGCACCAGAGCUCUGAGUCAUCCGACUUGUCGGACGGUCCCAUCACGGUUCAGGAGUUCAUGGAUGUGAAAAGCGCCCUCACCGCCUCGGAAGCCAAAAUCCAGCAGCUUCUCAAAGUCAACUGUCACCUGAGCGAAGAGCUGCGAGCCAUGCAGGGCAAGCUGAACUCCCUGCAAACGGAGAACACGACGCUGCGGUGGCAGGCCCCGGGCUCCCAGGUCCAGGUCCAGGGGCCCGUGGGCCGACGCCAGACCCGCGGCGGACGCGCCAUGUCAAUGUACGAGACCGGCUCCAUCCCCAGACAGUGCCCCCACCGCGACGACGCCUCUCGGCGGGAGGACGGUGUCGUCUUACAACCCUUCCCUACCAAUAUAGGGAGGGGUCCUUUGGGAACGGCCGCUUCCUCCCUCCCAUCCUUCCCCUCCUCCCUGUCCUGGUCGCGGGAUGAGAGAUCUCGAAGGGGCUGCAGUUUGGAGGCACACAGCGCCGUGCUCAACUAUGAUGCUGCGCCGACCCACUCUGAACCAGAGGAUACUUGCAGCCCCCUGGUAGCCUCAGCAGCGGUGGAGUGCGAGACCGAAGGCGAGGAAGACGCCGCUGCCCUUCCGUGCACCGAGGACGUCAUCUGUAAGACGGAGCAAAUCACCAAGAAUAUUCAGGAACUUCUGAGGGCCGCCCAGGAGACCAAACACGAAAGCUUCCUACCGUGUUCGGAGAAGAUCUGCGUGGCUGUGAAAGAGAUGGCCGCUCUGUUUCCCAAGAGGCCGUCCUCGGAGACGGUUCGCGGCUCCCUGUCGCUGCUCACCACCAGCGCCGGCCGGCUGCACAGCGAGUGCCGCGGGCCGUGCCCCCCCGCCGCCGCCGACGUCCAGCUGGUCACGCAACAGGUCAUCCAGUGCGCCUACGACAUUGCCAAAGCCGCCAAGCAGCUCGUCACCGUGACCACCAAAGAGAACAGCAACUAGCCAGAACCCCGCCCUUCAACUCAAUUCAACCCACCCCCAAAUGGUCACUUCACGUCCUUGAGAACUACAUUCCUUUAUCUUGGAAAAUUGAACAGUAUUUAUUAUUACCUUGAUCGUGAACCACAAUGAUACGUCAAGACCAGGGGUUCGCAAACUUUUGUGUCCAGGGGAGAAAGAAAUCUAAUCAAUGGGCCAUAGGAAUUGAAAAGUUGAUUUUCUGAAAGAGUAAAAAAGUCUUAAGGAUAUUGACAUAUGAAAAAUGAUCCGAGCUAAUAGUUCAUUAAAAAUUGUUUGCUUGACCCCAGUUUGGAAACCCCUGGUUUUAGACAGAGGAGAAGAUAUUACCUCACAACCGCCACAGCUAGCAAUUAGCAUUUCACUGAUAGCAAAGGCGUGAUUACAUAGAUUUGUAGCCAACCUCAUUUUCAGUCCUUGUGCUCCAAAACAGAUAGGAUAUAUCGCCAUGGCAAUGAUGAUAAACCCUCGGUAUUUGUGGAGGAUAAAAGCCGAGCCCUGCUGCGAAUAGAAAAGAAAUAUGAGAAGCUGACCGCCCCUCAAAUGUUUGGAUAUUUUGAAUAUUAGUAGUUUAAACCAUGAAUAUGUCACAUACUAUCCUCCUAAAACACUUAAAGAACGAUAAAGAUAAUUGAUAAUGAAACAUGCACAGGAAUUGCCCGUAUACAAUGAGCCCACCAUUUGUUAGCUUGAGCUUUUUGCAAUCGUCUAUACGCAGAUCAAAGACGAAGCAGUGUAGAAUCUGUAACUUCCGCUAACAAUCCAGGCUGAAAAUAUUGCUCCUUCCUAACCUUAAUAAAAAAUAAAAAAAAAGCAAAAACAAAUGACAGCGAUAUCGCUUCAAAAUACUUCAAAAUAGCUUUUUAAAGCCUUACACAACAAGCAGCGAAUAGGUGAAAUUUUCAGCAAAUAGCCCAGGGUAUGUUCCACAGGGGAAAAAAAUGUGAAUUUGUGAAUAGCGAACCACAAAUAGUCAGGGUUCACUGUAUCUGACAUCAGUGUUUUUGGUUACAGCCAGACUUUGUGUGUGUGUGUGUGUGUGUGUGUGUGUGUGUGUGUGUGUGUGUGUGUGUGUGUGUGUGUGUGUGUGUGUGUGUGUGUGUGAGAGAGAGAGAGAGAGAGAGAUGUCCUUAGCGGCUCAUGUGAAAUCCAUUUCAUGAACGUGAUGCAAAUGAUGCGUAACCUCGAAAGUGGAACCACAGUCCAAACGUUGCCAUCGUGAAGACAUUUAGUCAACGCACGGUCAUCGUUUCAAUUCAAAUUUUGUCUGUAAGUAUAAGAAUUAGUGUAAGACAACUAAAACCGACUGAUUUUAUUUCCGACAGCACCCCACGAAACAUAUGUCAGGUAGGGUAGUCUUUGUAUCUACUGCCAUUUAGUGGCAAAUGAUUUAAUUGUUCUGCCUGUCACUAUAUGUCAUCGAACAAAAGACGCAUGCAUCAUUGGGGUAAAUCGUUUCUAGACUGAUGGAAAUUCGACAGUUUUAUCUCACUGAUAUGUCGUGGAAGUUAGCAGCUGAUGCUCCAAGAUCACUUUUUUUUUUGAACCAUCACACUUCCUCAUUUGCUGUCAGUGGUGCCCUUCUGUGGUGCCAUCACAAUAUUAAAGUAAAUAGAAACUACUCCCUUUGUUGAAUUGCGGCACUUCGGUUCGACUUGGGAGGUGCAUACAAAUGUACGUAUCAAUGUAAUUACCAGAUUGAAUGCAAAACCUUUUGUCGUAUUUAUGAUCGUGCGUGUCAUACCUCUUAAGAAAAGUAGCAGUUUUUAUUUUUGUAAUUAUACCCGCAACCUAAUGGUCAAAAUCAUUGUUUUCCAAAGUCAAAGUUUUCCACUUAAUUUUACAACAACUAGUUAAUGAUUAUGGUAAUCAUUACACCUCUAGUUUCCAAAUGUUAACAACAUGACUGUGAUGCAUUUUCAACACAAUACCCAAACUGUUUAGAGCCGCUGUUUAGGAAACUUGGAUCCAAGUACAUGUGCCCUUCGGUAAAAUCUGUUCUCGUGUGUCACUUUCAGUCCUGAAUGUUAAGCGUGGAAAAAGUAACAGAAUACCUCGGCCACACUGAGUCCAGUGAAGUGGGUCUAAGUUACAUUUGUGUUUUAAAAGUGUCCGAAAGGCAGACGAGAGUUAAGAGAUGCCAUUCAAUGUCAUCUUGUUUUGAUUAUGCACUGUAAUGCAAAAAAAAAAAAAAACACACACACACACACAAACAAACAGCAGCUUAUUACCAUGUACAACACAAUUCUUUCCAACUCUGAAUAUAAAAUGUUUCCUUUAAUUUAACAGAUGCCAUUUAUUUUCCAGCUUGUUGUAUUUGUAUUUUUAACGUGUGCCACAAUUUACUAUAUUUAGAAUGAAAUGGGAGAAAUGUCACACUUGGUACUUAUUUCCCACACCUCCCUAGCCCCCAAUAACCCAGAGUAUACCCAACAACAAAUAAAUAAACAUAUAUUUGAUA